GAAGGAAUGAUCGAACCAUCCAAUUUGUUUAGUUUAACUGAGUUUAACAAAUUUGUCGUAAUGCAUCGUGAUUUAUACAGUUGAUUUUUAAUUUAAAAAAAUCUAUUUAAAAUGAUACAACUAAAUUAUAAUAUAAAUACAGAUUUUUAGAAUGAAAUUAAUCUAAAUUCUGAACAUUUUAAAAUAUAUUGUAAUUUAUAUAUUUGAAACAAUUUUUUAUACCGAAUGUGACAAUGGGAAACUUUUUGUAUCAAAAGUUCUGUAUUAUAUUAAUAACUUUUUGUACUUUUUAUGCAAGUGCACAGACUGAUACCUAUGAUGAGGAGUUAAUGUUAAAGCCACUUCCUAGUGGAUAUAUUUAUGCAUUUUUUCAAUUUACAACUCUUUGGGAGGGUUCAAACAAUUUGCGUACACUGCAACAUUCACAUUUAUUCCCAAGAGGACUAGGAGAAAUUUUAGGUCGUCACCAAGUAGAUGAAUUACAUUUUACUUUAACUGAAGGACUUUGGCGGCAUAAAAAAUGGGGAUAUCCAUUUCAAAAUGCAGGACCAGGUGCAGAGAUUUCAGCUUGGUUCAAAGAAAAUGUUUCAAAUGUUGACAAAGAAUGGACAAGUUUAACGAGUUCAUUAGCUGGAUUAUUAUGUGCUUCUUUAAAUUUUAUAGAUUCUUCCAAUAGUUUGUCGCCAGAAUUUAGUAUGCAACCAACUAGUGCGUUAAAUUACAAACCAAAUUCAAAUUAUUUUCGUUACUCAACGUUACCCAGAGAAACUGCUUGUACUGAAAAUUUAACACCUUUUAAAAAAUUACUACCUUGCGAUUCAAAGAGAGGAUUAGCAACGCUAAUGAAUUCAGCAUAUAUUCAUAACACUAAUUAUCAUUCUAUAGGAAUACAUUUUCGUUCAGUUUGUCGAAAUUCUGAGUGUACGAAAACUUCUCUUGAACUUCGUCAAACUGUUUCAUUGAUUUAUGAUAUUUUGUCAGGUGACACUUAUGAUUGGUCCAUUCGAAAAUUAUUUGGUACUGGUCUUAAAGAUGCUUGUACACUGGCAACUAUGAGUAACAUCUAUGUAGACGUCACUACCAAUAAAACCAUUCAUUCAUAUAAAUUAAUGCCAGAGGCAAGUAUCAAAACAACCAGUUUGAGAGGUGGACAGAAAAAUAUAAUUGCAAUAUACGACAUUAAAUCUUUCACUUCUAAAGGAAUGUUCAAUAUUGCUGCUCACUAUACUUUACCAAACUUUGAUAAUAAAGGCUUCCUUCCCAUUUUAUUAGCUACAAGAUAUAUAAACGGUUACGGUCAACAAAAAGGAACUUUAGUGACAAAGUUGCAGAAUAAUCAUUGGCAACCUUUAGAUAUUAUUCUUUUAGAAAAUAUUCCUUGGUAUUUGUCAUUAUACUUGCAUACUGUUAAAAUCAACUGUAAAGGAAAGCCCAUUCUUCCGUCUAUUCAGCGUUAUAUACCUGGCAAAGAAAGAAAAAGGCCUUACUAUCUGGAACUUGUUUUACAGUUACCACCACAUUCAAUAACGAAACUUUCGAUAGAUUUCGAUUAUUUAUUUUUAAAAUGGCAAGAAUAUCCACCUGAUGCCAAUCAUGGUUUUUAUGCAGGGCCAGCCAUUAUUACGGCAUCUCUACCAAUUGCCAGAAAUUAUACAGCGUUACCUAUGGAUGGUAGCACGAUUUCUUCCAGUUUUAAUGCAUCGCGGGAAAACUAUAUAAUCCAGCUGAGAACUGACAUUUUAUUAAUUAGUCUUCCAACUCCAGACUUUAGUAUGCCGUAUAAUGUAAUUUGUCUAGCUUGUACGGCUGUGGCAUUAGCUUUUGGCCCUUUACAUAACAUUUCAACAAAGAAACUUGUUUUGAAACGUAUUCAAAAAUCUUGGUGGAAAAAUAAUAAAUACAUUAACUUUUUUUGGAAAGAGAAAGCAGAAUAGAAUAUUUAUUUUCAUAUGUAAUUUAAUAAACUUACAAAAUAAUUAAAAA